AUGAAAGGAUAUAGAGAAAUUGUUAAACAGAGUGAGGAGGAAUUGAAGGUCUAUAGUUUGACUGAGAAAAGGAGUAGAAGAAGAAACGAUUUUAGUGGGUUCGUUACUGUUAAAUCAGAGAAGAAAGAGGAUGAGUCGAAAAGUAAUAAGGGUUUUAUGGAAGGAGAUACAGAAAUUGUGGAACAGGGUGAGGAAAAAUUGAAGGUUUAUAGCUUGACAGGGAAAAGGAGUAGAAGAAGAACAGAUUUGAGUGGGUUUGUUGCUGUUAAAUCAGAGGAGGAAGAAGAUAAAGAGAUUGUGAAACAGAGUGGGGAAAAAUGGAAUGUUUAUAGAAGAACGGAUUUUAGUGGGUUUGUUACUGUUAAAUCAGAGAAAGAAGAAGAUGAAUCGAAAAGUAAUAAGGGUUUUAUGAAAGGAGAUAGAGAAAUUGUGACAUUGAAUACUUAUAGUUUGCCUGAGAAAAGGAGUAGAAAGAGAAAGGAUUUUAGCGGGUUUGUUUCUGAUUAUGUAGAUGAAGAAGAAGAAGAUGAAAAGAAAUGUAAAAUUGGUUUGAUGGAAGGAAAUAGAAAACGAGAGAAGAAAAAUAUUGAGUGUAAAGUCAAGAUUGAUGUGAUUGAGAAGAGAAAGAUGAAGAAAGAAGUAGAUAAUGAUAUUGAGAAAGAGUAUCAUCCUUACAGGAAGAAUUAUUCGAAGAUGAUUGAAAAGAAGAGAAGUAGAUAUGAUGAGGAGGAAGAAGAGGACCAGAAUGAGAAUCUCAACAGUGUAAUUAAGAAGAUGAAGAUGAGGGGAAAGGGUGAAACUCAUGAGAUUAAGGGUUUAGGAAAAAAACAGAAGGUGGAAUGCAUUGAUUUGGAAGAUUCAGAUGCAAGGUGGAGGGAGGAGAGUAAAGAGAAGAAUUGUGCUACUGGAAGUGCUACUACUACAAGUAGAAGUACUAGAAGAAGACCACCUCCACAAUCUUCUUCCUGUUCUCUAGAAAGGGUUUCAAAGGAUGAGCGAAGAAAGAUGUCAGUGGAAAUACCAAAGAAGAACAAGGGGAAAGAAGAGGAGUUGUUCUUAAGAUGUCACCAAUGUAUUGGUAUGAAAUGCAAAGGGGAAAUUGUUUGUUGCAAACACUGUAAAGCUAAACGAUCGGUUGCAGAGUCUUGCCCAUUUUGUUGUGGAAGCUGCAAUUGCAAGCCAUGCUUGCGUUUGUGCAAAGUGUCUAAGGAUUUGAAGAGCCAGGGAAUGAAGAUGGAGGCGGAAGAGAGACUUAAAUACUGUAAAUAUUUGUUACAAGCUCUUUUACCAGUCUUGAAUCAAAUCCACGAAGAGCAGGCAAUGGAAAAGGAGCUCGAGGUGAAGAUUCAAGGAAUAUCACUUUCGGAGUUGGAGAUAGAACAGACUAUUUGUUACCCGGACGAGCGUUUCUACUGCAACAACUGCAAAACUUCGAUUGUCGACCUCUACAGAAGCUGUUCAGACUGUUCUUAUGAUCUAUGCCUAAGUUGUUGUCGGGAGAUACGUGACGGUUCUUUACAAAGAAGCGAGGAAGUAAUUAUGAAGUUUAUUGACAGAGGGAAGCUUUAUCUUCAUGGUGGGGAGCCUUUACCAGUUUUGGAGGAUGUUCCAGGGUCGUCAAGGGUUAAAUGUGGUUCUGUAGCUAUUAACGUGAAUGCACAGAAUCAUGUCAAACUAAAACCUAAGUGGAAAGCGGGGAGUAAUGGUAGUAUUCCUUGCUCAUCUGAAGAAGUGGAGGCGUGCGGUUCUGGUCAUCUAGAGCUGAAGUGCAUUCUUCCAGAAAAUUGGGUUUCGGAGUUGAAGCGUAGAGCUGAAGAAACAGCACUGAAAUAUGAACUCUGGGAUGUGCUUGCAACUCGUACACAGCGGUGUUCCUGUUUCAACUCUGUUGGCAACAUUGACUUGGACAAGAAUAAUUUGAGGAGGUCAGCUUAUCGGGAAGAUUCUGAUGACAAUUAUCUAUAUUGUCCAAUAGCCAGAGAAAUUCAGCAUGGGGACAUGCAACACUUUCAAAAACACUGGGUCAAAGGUGAACCUGUAAUUGUGCGGAACGUUGUGGAUUUUACAACUGGUUUGAGCUGGGAGCCAAUGGUUAUGUGGCGUGCACUCCGCAAAGUUAAUAAUUCCAAGAGUUCACCGUACUUAGCGCUGAAGGCCAUUGAUUCCCUGGAUUGGUGUGAGGUGGAGAUUAAUAUACACCAAUUUUUCAAAGGCUAUUCAGAAGGUCGAAGUCACUUCAACUCAUGGCCUGAGAUGCUAAAACUGAAGGACUGGCCACCAUCUAAUUUAUUUGAGGAACUUUUGCCACGCCAUGGUGCUGAAUUCAUCAGUUCCUUGCCAUAUCAGGAGUAUACCAACCCGAAAAGUGGAUUUCUUAAUCUAGCUACAAAAUUGCCAGAGGAAGCCCUGAGGCCGGACUUGGGGCCAAAGACAUAUAUUGCAUAUGGGAAUGGCAAAGAACUUGGCCGUGGUGACUCUGUAACGAAACUUCACUGUGAUUUAUCUGAUGCGGUGAACAUUUUGAUGCAUACUGAGGAAGUCUCUCUUAAUGCGCGGCAAGUUUCUACUAUAGAGGCUUUGAAAAAGGUGCACAGGGCUCAAGAUGAAAAAGAACUUUUUCUAAAUCCUCUAAUGAAAAGUCAGGGUGAUGUCAAGCACUUGUCGUCAGCUGUCAGUAACGGUAAUCCCAAGCCAGUAGCAACUAAAGUGAUGACUACUCAUGAAGAGUCAAUUUUUGAAGGAUGUAUUAAAACUGAAGUUCACAAUCUUGCUACACUGGAGGCAGCGAAUUCACAUCUCUUGCAACCCACACAGUCGAAUAAAAGAGAUGUGUGUAUGGUACAUGCUACACAUGAUGGUAACAUGCUGGAUGUCGGUGUUCAGAAUGUUGGAAGUCUUAUGGUUGCUGGAGCUAAAGUUCAAAUAGAUGAAACACAUGGGGAAAUCAAGGUCAACGUAAACGACUAUAAGUGUGAUGAAGAACAGAAUAACAUUGAUGUCUGGGAGAAGAGUAAUGGUGGUGCUCUCUGGGAUAUCUUUCGUAGACAAGAUGUUCCAAAACUUCAGGAAUAUCUUAGAAAACACUCUAGAGAAUUCAGGAACAUUUACUGUUCUCCAGUAGAGCAGGUUUUCCACCCGGUGCAUGACCAGACUUUUUAUCUGACUGCAAAGCAUAAGAGGAAACUCAAGGAGGAAUUUGGUAUUGAACCUUGGACUUUUGUACAAGAACUUGGGGAAGCAGUGUUCAUUCCAGCAGGCUGCCCGCAUCAAGUAAGAAAUCUCAAGUCGUGCAUAAAGGUUGCAGUCGAUUUUGUCUCCCCAGAAAAUGUUCAAGAGUGCGCCAGGUUGACUCAAGAAUUCCGCUUACUGCCUAAGAACCAUAGGGCCAAGGAAGACAAACUGGAGAUAAAGAAGAUGAUCCUCCACACUAUAAACAAAAUUGUGAAGGAUCUGGAAGAACAUAUGGUUACAGGAAACUGAAGAAAACUCAAACCUACCUACAUCAAAAACAGAAUCCUCCGAAAUUUGAAGCUGUCAUUGUGAAGUGAAGGAGCAGAUUGGUAUACAUAGCCGCUGCGUCAAAUGGUGUAAAUAACUUGCAUACCACCACAAUAAUGGCAACAGUAGGCUCCCAAUCAAGUUUUUGUAAAUAUUUUCUUAGAUCAAGUUACAGUUGUUGUGGGAAAGUCUGUCUCUGCAGCAUAUCCUCCUCCUGCUUGUUACCAACAAUUUUUCGUGGUAGUCGUGAGGUUAUGGGUGUUUUGUCACUAACAGUUUCUCAUUCCAGAUUUGAAUCCAACACAUAGAGAAGUAGAAAGAUUGAUAGUGAAAAGAGGCAUAAUUUUGUACAUGAAUAUUUUCAGUCAGAGGCAAUGUAGACAGUGGAAUAUGACAUUUACGCAUUGUUUUAGAGUCUGGAUUUUGCACAUUUAGCAUGCCCCGGCACUCAUACCUUGGAGCACCUUCUGCAGCGAAUUGAU